CUCUUCUUCUUUCUCAUUUGCUUCCUCCAUUUCCCCUUUCUACUUUCAGACAGUUCCUAGGUUCAAAAUUUGAUCUUCUUAGUUACUUUCUUGCUAUAUAUAUACAUAUAUAUAUAUAUAUAGAGAGAGAGAGAGAGAGAGAGAGGUUUUGUUGUUGUUGUUGGAAAGAAUGGAAGGAGGGUAUGGUGGUGCAGGUCCAUCAGCGGUGAAUAACAGCAGCGAGGAAGACGAGGAGUAUGCAGUGGUGGAGCUUCCACCGGGGUUCAGAUUCCAUCCCACCGAUGAGGAGAUCAUCAUGCACUAUCUCAUCAAGAAGGUGAUCGAUCGACGGUUCACGGCUAGAGCUAUCGGAGAAGCUGAUCUUAACAAGUGUGAACCCUGGGAUUUGCCAAAGAAGGCUAAGAUGGGAGAAAAAGAGUGGUUCUUCUUUUGCCAGAGGGACAGGAAGUACCCAACAGGGAUGAGAACAAAUAGAGCAACAGAAUCAGGGUACUGGAAGGCUACUGGGAAGGAUAAGGAGAUCAGCAAGGGGAGGAACAGCCUUGUUGGGAUGAAAAAGACCCUUGUUUUCUACAAAGGGAGAGCUCCUAAAGGAGAGAAGACCAAUUGGGUGAUGCAUGAAUACAGGCUGGAGGGCAACUUUUCUAACUAUAACUUCUCUAGGGCAGCAAAGGAGGAAUGGGUUGUGUGUAGAGUCUUCCACAAGAACACAGCAGUUAGAAGAAGCCCAGGUGUGGAACUAGCAAGAAUUGACUCAUUUGUGGAUCAUCUCUUGGACAGCCCUACACUCCCUCCACUCACAGACUACACUUGCAAUUCCAAUGAUCAAAUCCCUACUUCAAGUUUUGCAGCUGCAGAUCAUCACACUGAUCAUCAUGAACAUGAAACCAAAGUAUCAAGACUAAUCUCAAAUGACCAAAUCUUGCAAUAUGACCAAAAACACUUCCUUGUUCCCCCAACCUACACAUAUCUCCACCCCACCAUCCCCUUCUCUAGUCCCCCGACAACCGUCUUCCCUUACCAAGCAUCGUUGUCUCAUGCUCAUCAGCAUCACGACGAAUUAGGCCCAAUCAUCUCCGGCUACCCUACGACCGUCUUUCCCUUCAAAGGAGCUGACCAUGCAAAUUUAAGGCUAGUAGCACCAAAAAUGGAGCGUUUUUCCACUAACAACUCGGUGAUCAGCCAUUCUCAGGAGACGGGACUCAGCACCGAGAACAUGGGCAACGAGAUAACGUCCUUGCACUCCAAGGGAGACAUCGAGAGCAAGAAGGCGUUUGAUCAAGAACUCAAUGGCCUCGGCUUUAGUCCUGACAUCUCGGAUUUGGAUGACUUGUGGAGCAAUUGCUAAAGAAUAGACAUAUACGAGUAUGAUUCUCUAAGCCCGCAGGCCAGUAUUUUAGUCCUGCUGGAAUUAAUGAGUGGGUCAUUACAUGAUUCGCAGACUAAUGUACAUAGUACUAAUUUCGUUAUCGUUUGUUUUAGGAGGUUUCGAUGUCCGUUGUCGAUUGAUGUUAGAUAUAAUAGGCGUAUAUGGUGAUUUGCUGACAAGGUUGUGGCUUUGUGUAAACUUAUAUAUGUCAAUUCUUUCAUUUUUAGCAGUUGAAUUAGUUCUUUUGUCAUUUUCAUCUUAGUUUGCUGCUGAUUCUUUCACACCUCUUGUAAACUAGUUGUAAUAAUAUAAUUAAUUGAAACUUUAG